UUAAACCGGGCCGUACGCCAAUUCCAUGAUCAAGGAAGGACCUUUCUCGAACAUCUAAAAAGGGACGUGGCCCAAAGUCGAGAGACCCAGGUGCGCGGCACAAGACAGAACUUCCUCCACAACGGCACCUUUCAUGAGGCAGUGGCUCCUGUCCUGGCGGUGGCCCAGUUCUUUUGCAUAAUGCCCGUCAGCGGGAUAUGUGCCGUCACCCAUCGAGGAUUAAGCUUCAGCCGAAGGAGCUGGCGGUUCUGGUACAGUCUCCUUUACCUCUGUUCCACAUCCGUAGACCUGAUGUUCAGUGUUCGCAAAGUGUUUCACGGUGUCCUGGAUGUGCGCAGCGUGGAGCCAAUUGUUUUCCACGUUGGCAUCCUGAUCGCCUCCUGGCAGUUCCUAAACUUGGCCAGCCUCUGGCCCGGCCUGAUGCGUCAUUGGGCUGCCGUCGAGGAUCGGUUGCCGGGCUACCGUUGCUGUCGAGACCGGGAUCGUCCUGCUCGUCGCAUCCAGUUCGUGGCCUUCCUUUUGCUGGCCCUAUCCCUGAUGGAGCACCUGCUGAGCAUCAUCUCGGCGGUGUACUACGACUUCUGUCCCCAGAGAAGCGACCCCGUGGAGUCGUACCUGGACAGCACCAGUCUCCAGCUCUUCUCCGUGUUCCCCUACUCCAAUUGGCUGGGCUGGCUGGGCAAGCUGCAGAACGUGCUGCUGACUUUCGGCUGGAGCUACAUGGACAUCUUCCUGAUGGUGCUGGGCCUGGGACUCAGCGAGAUGCUGGCCAGGCUGAACCGCAGCUUGGAGCAGCAGGUGCGACAGCCAAUGCCGGAAGCCUACUGGACGUGGUCGCGCACCCUUUACCGCUCCAUUGUGGAGCUCAUCCGGGAAGUGGACGACGCCGUUUCUGGCAUCAUACUAAUCUCCUUCGGCAGCAAUUUGUACUUUGUCUGCCUGCAGCUGCUCAAGAGCAUAAACACAAUGCCCUCCUCUGCCCACGCCGUCUAUUUCUACUUCUCGCUUUUGUUUCUGCUGGGCCGCUCCUCGGCCGUGAUCCUGUUCGUAUCAAGGAUCAACGACCAGGCCCGGGCGCCUCUGCGUCUGCUACGCAUGGUGCCUUCGGAGGGCUACCAUCCGGAGGUUUCACGUUUCGCCGCGGAGCUGGCCAGCGAUCGGGUUGCGCUCACCGGUCUCAAGUUCUUCAGUGUCACCAGGCAGAUGUAUCUGGUGGUGGCAGGAACAGUGGCCACCUAUGAGCUGGUGCUCAUUCAGUUCCACGAGGAUAAGAAGUCCUGGGACUGUUUGCUAAACGAUGAUGAUUAA